UUCUACUGGGGUUUAUCGUGAUCCUGAUAUAUUUGAUUUGAAAAACGUGCAAAAUGAACAGCGAUCAUCCAGAGGAGAAUUUGUCCACAUGGCAGCGAUUGGCUGGACGUCAAAUGGAAAUAUUGAUUAUAUGUGCGGUGGUACACUUAUUUCAUCAAAGCAUGUUCUUACGGCUGCUCACUGUAUGCUAAAUGAACACGGAGUACAACCUGAUAUGGUUCAACUGGGUGAUAUCAAUUCGAUUGGUGCGAAAGAUGGCGCAUCGACUCAGCCGAUCAGAAUUCGUAACUUCAAAAGGCAUCCAGAAUAUAGAUCUAGUAGAAAAUAUUUUGACAUCGCAAUUGUAGAACUUGAUACGGAUGUGAAGUUCGAUAUAGCCACCUAUUCUGCAUGUUUGUGGCUAGAGAAAGAUGUGCCCAAAGAAAAAAUGCACGUAAUCGGUUUCAGAGAGAAAGUUGACUGGAAGAAUAAUACUGUGUCCUGGAGAAAGAUUGAGUUAUCUUUCAUUGAUCACGAAAACUGUACCGAACAGUUGCCAGUAAGUGCGCGAGCCCAACCUCGUGGAUUUGUUGAAGAGCAAUUCUGUGCUGCAAGUGAUCAUGGGGAUGCUUGUGAGGGUGAUUCUGGAGGCCCCAUACAGAUCGAAAGAGAUAUGAAUGGAUCGAUUAUACCUUUCGUAGUUGGCAUAGUUUCUUUCGGUUCUCCAUGCUCUGCGGAAUCCAUUGGUGUGUAUACUCGUGUAGCUUCUUAUCGGGAUUGGAUAGAACAAGAACUUCAACAGCCAAUCAACUAUCUGUGUGCUCAAUUGAGGAAUAUUACCUGUAUAGAAUAAAACAACUAAUUUUAAUUCUUUAUUUCUUGUACACAACAAUGAACUACGGUAAACAAUGAUCCUAUUUAAAUUACAACACUUAUUGAACAUCGCUUUGCGUUCACACCAAGAUUUUAUACCUAACUAAGGGCCGAUUUCUUCACCACCGCUUAGGCCUUGAACCAAGUUUAACUAUAUGGGUAAGCGUGGUUUACGGCUCAAGCCAUGGUGAAGAAAUCGGCCCUAAGACCAAAAAACCUCAUUAUAUCAUAAUGGAAUAAAGAUUUCUAAUCAUUUCGGAUGCACGAUCCACCUA